ACGAAAAGAUUUUUCGGUGUCUGUACGCAGUUUUCAGCGUUUUCUAUCUGUUUCUACUUUCUAGUUUUCACCCACAGUGGCGAUUCGUUUUUUAUGUGUUUGUUUCCUUGACCAUACUUUUAUGUUAACGUCGCUGACAUCAAUUGAAUCAGCUUAAUUAACGGAUGAAAAUGCUUAAAGUUCCAAAAACUGUGCCGAAAUUUUUAUCCCAGGAACUUCAGGUUCCCUCUUUCCUGGAGAGGGUUUUCGGCAAUGGACGCCGUUUUGCCUCCACCAAGGAUAGCGGACCUGUCAAAGGUGCCGUCGUGGGAAUCGAUUUGGGAACGACCAACUCCUGCGUGGCCAUAAUGGAGGGCAAACAGCCCAAAGUGUUGGAGAACGCCGAAGGAUCCAGAACGACACCAUCCGUGGUGGCGUUUACACCAUCCGGCGAAAGACUUGUUGGUAUGCCGGCCAAACGCCAAGCGGUGACGAAUUCAGCCAAUACUUUCUACGCCACUAAGCGUUUAAUUGGACGAAAAUUCGACGAUCCGGAAGUUCAGAAAGAAAUGAAACAUGUCCCCUUCAAAAUUGUUCGUGCCACGAACGGCGAUGCAUGGAUCGAAGCGCACGGGAAAAUGUACUCGCCCAGUCAGAUUGGAGCCUUUGUGCUAAUGAAAAUGAAGGAAACAGCUGAGAGCUACCUUGGCACUUCGGUUAAAAAUGCCGUCAUCACCGUUCCUGCAUAUUUCAACGACUCCCAGCGCCAAGCCACAAAGGAUGCCGGUCAGAUCGCCGGUUUGAAUGUGUUGCGAGUUAUUAACGAACCGACCGCGGCUGCGUUGGCUUUCGGAAUGGACAAAGUCAAAGAUCAGAUCAUUGCCGUUUAUGAUCUUGGAGGCGGAACAUUCGACAUUUCAAUCCUGGAGAUUCAGAAAGGUGUUUUUGAGGUUAAAUCGACGAACGGCGAUACUUUCCUUGGCGGCGAAGAUUUUGAUACCGCCCUUUUGCAAUUCAUCGUUAAAGAAUUCAAACGUGAUCAAGGCGUUGACAUCACCAAGGACAACAUGGCCAUGCAGCGCCUAAGAGAAGCAGCCGAAAAGGCUAAAUGUGAACUGUCCUCCGCCCUGCAGACGGAUAUCAAUUUGCCGUAUUUGACAAUGGACGCCGCCGGCCCAAAGCAUCUCAACAUGAAACUCACGCGUUCGAAGUUUGAAAGUAUUGUGGAUCCUUUAAUCAAGCGCACAGUCGAGCCGUGUCAGAAAGCCUUAAAAGAUGCCGAAGUCAGCGUAAAUGACAUUGGGGAGGUGAUUCUUGUCGGCGGCAUGACACGAGUCCCGAAGGUGCAAUCUACAGUGCAGGAUGUAUUCAAGAAAGUUCCCAGUAAAUCCGUAAAUCCCGAUGAAGCGGUCGCUAUCGGUGCCGCUAUUCAAGGAGGUGUGUUGGCGGGUGAAGUGACGGAUAUUUUACUGCUGGAUGUCACACCACUUUCGCUCGGCAUCGAAACUUUGGGCGGUGUGAUGACGAAACUGAUAAAUCGGAAUACUACAAUUCCCACAAAAAAAUCUCAAGUGUUCUCCACGGCGGCUGAUGGUCAGACGCAGGUGGAAAUUAAAGUUUUUCAGGGUGAACGUGACAUGGCUGCUGGGAACAAGCUGCUAGGACAGUUUCAGUUGAUUGGAAUUCCCCCUGCUCCACGUGGCGUUCCUCAAAUCGAAGUAACUUUUGACAUCGAUGCCAACGGUAUUGUGCACGUGUCCGCCCGAGACAGGGGCACCGGAAAAGAGCAGAAAAUUGUGAUUCAGUCUUCUGGUGGUCUGAGUAAGGAUGAAAUUGAGAAUAUGAUAAAGAAGGCUGAGCAGUAUGCUGAAGAAGAUAAAAAACGGAAAGACGUUGUGGAAGCGGUUAAUCAGGCGGAAGCAAUUGUUCACGAUACGGAAGCACGAAUUGAUGAAUUCAAGGAUCAACUUCCGGCUGAUGAGGUACGCACAAAGCUCAGAGAGCAGAUCGCAAAUCUGCGUGAAAAGUUGGCCAACAAAGAAAACGAGAGUUCAGAAAAUAUUCGGGCGGCUACAAAUACCUUACAACAGGCUUCUCUGAAGCUUUUCGAAAUGGCAUAUAAAAAGAUGGCGGCUGAACGAUCAGGUGGUCAACAGCAGAGCCAGUCCAGUGAUUCUUCGGAUUCCUCUUCCAGCAGUUCUGACGAAGAGGAAAAGAAAAAGCGUGAAGGACAAAAUUAGUUUUUCAUGCCAAAAUUUCUUGUGUUUCCGUAUUGUUAUUCUUUUUACGAGUGUGUAUGGAUCGCAGUGUUAUUGCAUACUACAGUUGAGUUAUUGGCAGACCAAAGUUAACCUGGCAAAACUUGAAAACAAAAUUAAAAAUUGUCGAGUUGCUG